CAGAGUCCUGCAUAAACCAGGUUAAACCAUGUUGAUGCAUAUCUCUCCUUCCCUUCUGCAUACCAAAGGGGAAGCUAAUGAGCCCAGAAACAGGGACUGAGGGCGCAGGAAGGUAAAGUGUUGAGGCGAGCGCCGUGAAAGGUUACUUUUGAUCGCAGGAUAAAGGUUGCGUCAAUACGCGACUCUGGGCUGCUCUUGCUGCGCGAAGUUGGGAAACAGGGUAUGACCUCGUGUUGACAGAGGCUGGAUCAAGCGCUGCCUGCAGGAGGAGAAGAAGGAGGAGGAGAAGAAGGAGGACGAGCAAUCUUCCAAACUCUUUCAAUCAAAUAAACAACAUCCUCUGCGCAUCUCUGCGGCGAAUCUGAAGACGGGGUGUUUACUCCGAGUCGCUCGCCACUGUUGACCUCUGAUAGACAGCGGGGACUCUGCAGGACGGCUGCUGGUCUUUGUUUCUCUCCCCUUUCAUCCCCGUGGACGGGCCAUCCUCACACCCAAACAUAUCUGAACCACCAUCAUGGCGGGUGAUAUGAUGUUGCUAAUGCGUGGCUUGGCUAAGUUGAGCCAGGCUGUGGUGGAGACCCAGAGCAACGCCCUGCGCAGUGGUACCGGAGUUGCAGGCGUUGGUGCCGCCGUCCAGAGCGUCCAGGCAGCCGCAGAGCAAGGCCUGUCUGUGGCCAUGACGAAAAUGCAGGAGCUGUCCGGCCAGCAGCCGCAAAGCGCGUCCGAGUCGGACUUUGACUUUCCUCAGGACGAGACGUCGUUCUCAGCAUCGGAGUUCAGGGAAGAACACACAGACUUUACCGCCGACCACUCGGGGACGGGUACCGACGCGACAGCGGGGACUAACAACGUCGGUGGGAAGCAGUCGAUGUUCGACGGGUACAAAGAUCCAAGUAACCAGUUUAUGGGUCACACCAGAUCAUACCACCAAGGUGCCGGGCAUUACCUCGGACAUCGGCUGUAUAACCACGCCCUGGAAAGACGUGCGUUGCGGGAGGCCAGCGGUCAACAGCCAGUCGCUCAGUUCAGGAGCUACCAUCAGGACCAGUCCUCGGUGGGGGGACUGACAGCGGAGGACAUUGAAAAAACCAGCCAGAGCAAGAGGGCCGACUCGAAGCCACACAAACAGAUGUUGAGUGAAAGAGCCAGAGAGAGGAAGGUGCCCGUGACCCGGCUCGGCCGAUUGGCCAACUUUGGAGGUUUAGCUGUAGGGUUAGGUAUAGGAGCCCUGGCAGAAGUCGCCAAGAAGAGCAUCGGAAUGAACGGAGCUGGAGGUGAAAAUAAGAAAGCCGUUCUGGACUCCAGCCCCUUCCUGUCCGAGGCCAACGCUGAGCGCAUCGUCAGAACCUUGUGCAAAGUCAGAGGAGCCGCUCUUAAACUUGGACAAGCGCUAAGCAUUCAAGAUGAUGCGUUCAUUAACCCUCAGCUCGCCAAGAUCUUUGAGCGUGUCAGGCAGAGCGCUGACUUCAUGCCAAUCAAACAGAUGACAAAGGCGCUGAACAGCGACUUGGGUCCAAACUGGAGGGACAAGCUGGCAUCGUUCGAGGAUCGUCCGUUUGCAGCCGCCUCCAUCGGCCAGGUGCACCUGGCGAGGAUGAAGGACGGCAGGGAGGUGGCCAUGAAGAUCCAGUAUCCCGGUGUGGCUCAGAGCAUCAACAGUGACGUCAACAACUUGAUGACUGUGCUGAACAUGAGCAACGCUCUGCCCGAGGGUCUGUUUCCAGAGCAUCUGAUUGAUGUGAUGAGAAGAGAGCUGGCCCUGGAGUGUGACUACAUCAGAGAAGCUCAGUGUGCAAAGAAGUUCAGGGAGCUGCUGAAGGACGAUCCGUUCUUCUACGUACCAGAGGUGAUCGAAGAGCUGAGCAGCAGCCACGUCCUGACCACCGAACUCGUUCCUGGAUUUCCGCUGGACAAGGCUGAGAGCCUCUCCCAGGAGCUGAAGAACGAGGUCUGCCAGAACAUCCUGCUGUUGUGCCUCAGAGAGCUGUUCGAGUUCAGAUACAUGCAGACCGAUCCCAACUGGUCCAACUUUUUCUAUGACCCAAACACCCACAGGGUGGCGCUGUUGGACUUUGGUGCCACCAGAGGUUUUGAUCAAAGUUUCACAGACGUCUACAUAGAGAUCAUCCGUGCAGCGGCUGAAGGCAACAGAGAGGCAGUUCUGAAGAGAUCCGUCGAGAUGAGGUUCCUGACGGGAUACGAGUCAAAGGCGAUGAUAAGCGCCCACGUGGACGCCGUGAUGAUCCUCGGCGAGGCCUUCGCGUCCCGCGAGACCUUCGACUUCGGCUCCCAGUCCACCACCGAGAGGAUCCACAACCUGAUCCCCGUCAUGCUGAAGCACCGGCUCACCCCUCCCCCGGAGGAGACGUACUCGCUGCACCGCAAGAUGGGCGGCUCCUUCCUCAUCUGCUCCCGGCUCAACGCCAAGCUGCAGUGCAAGGAUAUGUUCCAGAAGGCGUACGACAGCUACUGGGAGGGCCGCACGCCUCCGUCCGUCUGAGCCGGCGCGCUGCGGAUCUGACCGACUCGUCCUGGGGGCCAACAGCGAGGUGCCGGUUGAUGGGGGGGGGGGGUUGGGUUGAGGAGAACUGCAGAGCGGCUGAUGUGUUACCCACCUAUGAGAUCCAGUAUUUCCUGUCUGGGGGGGGGGGGAGCAUCUGGGACGUUUUUAAGAAACUGCAAUCGGUUUUCAAAGGAGCAUUCGAAGCGGGAGCGCUAGCCCGGUAUCUGCCGUGUGUUUGUAAGUGUGCGGCCCUGAAACGAGAGCACGGACGCCAAAAGGUUGGAGUCAUCUCCCUCGUCUGCUUAUUUCAUCCUGAGUAGUUUUUGCAUUUUGUGUUGCUGUGUUUUGUCGUUGAUCAACCCGAAAAACACCAGACAGUCACAAAACGAUGGCAUUAAAAGGACUUUGUGGGUUAUCGGGGUCUCAGUUCUGACCAAUUUGUCUGCGUCGCUACGAGUAACUCAUUUUUUCAGCCUGAAUAUAAGCGAGAAAGGCGACAGAGAAUAGUUUAGUGACCGUUUGGGUGUUGAGGUCGGAGAGGUUUCGCCAGUUUUACGCACAAGCGCUUAGUCAGAUGGUGUAUUAUUAGCUAAUAUUUCACUCUCUGCUUGUAAUUCUGUAGCUGCUUAAAUUUCAUCAGACUAACAUUGAUAAAAAAGAGUUUGUCGCAGAUGAUUUUUUUUAAAAAAAACAACUUUUAGUUUUAAGGCAUGAUAUAUUUUGUUUUGUUUAAAUAACGUCUGUUAUUCACGGUUUUGAUUAUGAGCCACGUUUUUUCGUCGUAUUCCAGUUGGGUCACAAGUUUUAAAAAAAGAUCGCUGAGUGUUUCUAACGCAAAAAAACCCCAAAAAGCUCCUUCCUGCAGUCAGCCACGGAAACGACGACCCCGUCCAGACGACGCACCCCGCCUCCCCACGCCGCGCCUCCUCGGCUGCGGACUCCUCUGUCACCUGGCCGGCGUGUGACUGUGAAAGUUCUCAACGUUGUGAUGUGUGAAUGCAGUUUUGAUGCUCCGCGGUGUGAAAAUGGGGGAGAGAGAGAAUAAAAAAAAAAAAAAGAGGGAGUGAAAAAAUCAAAACAAAAAAAAAAAGAGUAAUGUGCCUGUCACUCUCCGCAGAUGGCUUUUUGCUUGAAAAUGUCUGCUUUGUUUCUAAUGACUGUUUCCGAUUUUAUAAUCAAAGAGCAACUGAAUGUUAGAACGAUAAAUUGUAUAAAAAGAUUAAAUGUUUGAGCCCUAA